AUGAACGCUACUAACGAAGCAGAAAAACUCAAGAAACGUCAACAACAAUUGGCAGCUUGGAAGUUAAAGAAACUUGAUACUUCCGAUGAUAAGAAGAAUGAUCGAUUAAAGAGACUUGAAGAAUGGAAGAAGAAACGGUUGAAAGAUGAACCCAAACCUAAGAUAUCAUUAAAAGUUCCUAUAAAUGUCAAACGAAAGAAGGAGAUCAAUAGUUUUGUACUUGAAGAUGAACCAGUGGUGAAAAAACCAACAUUUGGUAAAGUUGUAGUGGAAGAAUCUGAUGAUGAAAUAGAUCUUGAUCAAUUCAUUGAUAACUUACAAUCCACUUCCAAUACUAAUGUCAUAGAAGAAUCCGAUUCUGAAGUUGAGGAAGACGACAAUGUUCAAGACGACAUGGUGGAUAGGAUACGGAAACUUCAGGAACGAGAGAAAUCCGUCGAUGUGAUAGAUCAUUCUACGAUAGAUUACAUGGAAUUUCGGAAAAACUUCUAUAACCCCCCUUUUGAAUUCUCCAAAUAUAGUAAUGACGAUAUUAAAACUAUACGGAAAGAUAUGGAAAUACAAGUCCGGGGUGAUGAUGUACCUAUACCUAUUACCAAAUGGUCUCAAUUAGGACUUUCAUCUUCAAUUAUGAAAGUAUUGACUGAUCUUGAAUAUACUCCUUCACCUAUUCAAAGUCAAGCUUUACCUGCUAUAAUGUCUGGGAGAGAUGUUUUGGGUGUAGCUAAGACAGGUUCAGGUAAAACAUUAGCAUUUGUUUUACCUUUGAUACGACAUGUUUUAGAUCAGCCAGACAUUUCCACCGGUGAGGGACCUAUAGGAUUGAUUCUUACUCCUACGAGAGAAUUGGCUAUACAGAUCAAUAAGGAACUUCAAAGGUUCAGUAGUUUAACCAGUAGUUGUUGUUAUGGAGGUUCAAAUAUUGAAUCUCAGAUUAAUGAUAUUAAACGAGGAGUCCAAGUGAUUGUGGGGACUCCAGGAAGAGUAAUAGAUUUAUUGACGGUAAAUAAUGGAAGAUUAAUGAAUCUUCGUCGUACAACUUACCUUGUCAUAGAUGAAGCCGAUAGAAUGUAUGAUAUGGGGUUUGAACCUCAAGUGACAAAGAUUUUAUCCCAAAUUCGACCUGAUAAACAGAUGGUUUUAUUUUCUGCCACAUUCCCCAAGAAACUUGAAAUUUUAGCUAAACAAAGUUUACAAAAUCCCAUUGAAAUCGUGGUUAGUGGGAUUAGUAAAGUUGCGAAAGAGAUUACUCAAAAAGUGGAAUUAUUUGAGGUCGAAGAUAUUGAAAGAAAGAAGUUUUUGAAAUUGACAGAGAUCUUGGAUGAGUACAAAGAUAGGAAAGUGUUGAUAUUCGUUGAAAAACAAGACAGUGCUGAUCAAUUGAUGGUACAGUUGACACUGAGUGAUUAUAGUUGUAUGUCGAUUCAUGGAGGUAAAGAUCAAGUAGAUAGGAAACAUGCCAUUAAGGAGUUCACUAACGACUUGAAUAUCCUUAUAGCCACAUCUAUAGCUGCAAGAGGUUUAGAUGUUAAAGGAUUAGAUUUGGUGGUAAAUUUUGAUGCUCCAAGUCAUAUUGAAGAUUAUAUUCAUAGAGUCGGUCGUACAGGUAGAGCAGGAAGAACAGGAACGGCCAUAACAUUCGUUUCCGUCAAACAAGAAAGGGCUAUAACUGAUUUAGUCAAAGCCAUGCACGAGACUGAUGAAAUUAACCCCCAAUUGAUAGAAAUUAGUGAGAAGUUCCUCCUUAAAGUUAAACAAGGGAAAGUUAAAUAUUCUUUUGGAUUUGGAGGCCAUGGAUUAGAAAGACUUCAACAACAGAGAGAUAGAGAUGAAGAAAUGAGAUUGGAAAGAGAACCAUCAAAUAAAGAACCUCAAGAUGUUGAAGAUUCAUUACCUGAUUUUGAAAUCAUUGAUGGUAAAGCUCCAGAAACUUCCGGUCCCGAUAUCUCCAAAUAUCAUUCCAGAAUCACCAUCAAUGACUUACCCAAACAAACUAGAAUGUUUGUUACUAAAAAUGACUUUUUAUCACAAACUAUCGAAGUUACAGGGGUUUCCAUCACUCAUAAAGGUCAAUUCUAUGGACCUAAUCAAAAACCCGAUAAAGAUAAAUUGUACUUAUUGGUUGAAGGAUUAAGUAAACAAUCAGUCAAUGAUGCUAAUGAAAUGAUCAAAUUACGUAUUUUAGAAGGACUUCAAAACGAAACUCAAAUAGGUAAAUAUACUAUCUAG